GGCUGGAGCUGGGGAUAAAUGCUCUUUCCGGAGCUGACGGAUUUUGGGAGCUGUUGUGGUGCUCGCUGCUGGUGGCUGGGCGAUCCUGUUCCGCAUAGGAGGGACGGUAAAUCAGGAAUUCGUUUCCCAACAUGUGGCAGUUCUUGGCCACUCUGUGCAGCCUGGUUGUACUGACCAGUGCUCGGAGCAGAUCGUCCUUUCCUCCUCUUUCAGAUGAAAUGGUCAACUACGUCAACAAACUCAAUACCACAUGGCAGGCUGGGCACAACUUCCGUAAUGUGGACAUGAGCUACGUAAAGAAACUCUGUGGUACCUUCAUGGGUGGAGCCAAGCUACUACCUCAGAGAAUGUUUUUGGCUGAUGGCAUGAAGCUACCAGAAAACUUUGAUGCCCGAGAACAGUGGCCAAACUGCCCAACCAUCAAGGAAAUUAGAGACCAGGGUUCCUGUGGCUCUUGCUGGGCAUUUGGAGCUGUGGAAGCCAUUUCUGAUAGGAUCUGUGUGCACACUGGUGGAAAUGCCAAUGUAGAAGUCUCUGCUGAGGACCUGCUUAGCUGCUGUGGAUUUGAGUGUGGGGAAGGCUGUAAUGGUGGCUUUCCUUCUGGAGCUUGGAGGUAUUGGACCAAGAAAGGCCUUGUAUCUGGUGGCCUCUAUGAUUCCCAUAUAGGCUGCCGACCCUACUCCAUCCCUCCAUGUGAGCACCAUGUGAAUGGUUCCCGCCCUGCCUGUACUGGAGAGUCAGGAAACACCCCCAAAUGCAGCAAGAAGUGUGAAACAGGCUAUUCUCUUGACUACAAAGAUGACAAACACUAUGGAUCAACCUCUUACAGUGUACCUUCAAGUGAGGAGGAGAUCAUGGCUGAGAUCUACAAGAACGGCCCUGUGGAAGGAGCUUUUCUCGUGUACUCUGACUUCCUCCAGUACAAGUCUGGAGUAUACCAGCACGUUACUGGAGAAAUGCUUGGAGGCCAUGCCAUUCGUGUCCUAGGCUGGGGUGUGGAGGAUGGUACUCCUUACUGGCUGGCUGCUAACUCCUGGAACACAGACUGGGGUGAUAAUGGUUUCUUUAAAAUUCUCCGUGGAAAGAAUCACUGUGGGAUAGAAUCCGAAAUUGUGGCUGGAAUUCCCCGAACAGAUCAAUAUUGGAGGAAGUAACCUGUCAUUUGCCCAACUUUAAUUUUUUUAAAAAAGAAAAAAAACGGGAAUGGGAGAAAUGAAUAUUUUUAAAAGACUUGAGCUGGAGAGAGAUGCUCUCUAAUCAUUCAUAUUUUGUUUAAACAGGAAGAUGAAGGGGAGAUUUUAGACAAAUCACUGGGCUUUGAGAAUUUGGUUGAACUGAAUUCUUGUGGAGUCAGCCAGCUCCAUCAAUAAUACAUUCUUCUUGGUCUGACUCCACCUAAUGCAUGCCAUUUCAGUUUUAAGUAAUUCUGUGAAUAGCACAUAGCACUGCUGGCAACAGGCUGUGUACUACACUUGAGACCCCUGAUGCUUUCAUUAAAAAGGUCUCUUUCCAUAAGUGUUUCCUAAUUCUUUCCCUGUUGUCAUGUCUCCUGCAAGUUCCCAUCCACCCCAAAAUCUUUUAGGAGUCUGAAAUAGCCAGGAAUCAACAAUAAUAAGGGAAGAGUGUUUUGUUUUGUUUUGUUUUUCCCAAGGUUUUAUCCCACAGGAAUGGGAAACAAGGUUGUGGUGGUUUUUUUUUUUUUUAUGUCUUGAGUAGGAAGGAAGGAAAGAUUCUCAGAAGUCAACUUUUGACUCCCAAAUGAUUUUAUUGGGGGAGGGGGCGGACCACAAGGCUUUGGAAUCCUAAUCUGCCCCAAUUCUCACUGCUAACAAUCCCAUACUAUGCUUUCUUAGGCCAGUUAGUGCCAGUCCGCCUGAAGCCAUCAAGCUUUGCAGUAUGCACACACCCUUAGGUCUGGUGGCAAGAUUCAAAUAGAUCAGCCUCUAUUUUUGUUAGUGUACCUUGGCUAAUCGUACAAAGAAGAGUUGCCAGGAUCAGUUGUACUCAAUAGAAGCUUGACCCUGUGGUUUUAAAGGGAAGACUGGGUGGUGGUUACUACCCCAAGAGCAAUAUUCCCUCUGCUCACCUUCUUGGGGAGGUGGAGGAUAAUAUCGCAGGAUGCUGAUGUCCACAGGAGAAACAAACUCUUAACUUUUCUUUAACCCUGUUAAGCAAUUUAACGUCAAUGUUGGUUUUAGUGACUGAAUGGAACCCAGAACCCUUGUGCCAAUAAAAUAUUUCUCCUAAAUA